AAGGUGUAGAUUAGAGGGGAAAUAAGGAGAAGGAAAAUGAUUGGAGUGUAAAAAUUCUAAGGACUGAACAUGGUUGCAGCUUGUCGUGUUCUUCUGGACCUCUGGUGGAACCCAACAACUGAAGAUCAAGCAAUAGAUAGAGCCCAUCGGAUUGGACAGACCCGUCUGGUUACAGUUUUGCGGUUGACAGUAAAAGAUACAGUUGAAGAUCGCAUUUUAGCUCUCCAGCAAAAAAAAAGAGUGAUGGUUGCAUCUGCAUUUGGCGAGGACGAGACAGGUAGUCGUCAGACUCGGCUUACAGUAGAGGACUUGAAGUACCUGUUCAUGGUCUAAUUAGGGUAUUCUUUAUAGUGUAAUUCAGUGCUCAUAGUUCAAUAGAUUCAUUAUUAUUAGCAGCAGCAGCAGCAGCAGCUACACAGUCGAAGAAGCUUUUUCUAACGAUAGAUCUUUGGCAGUUGCUAGAAAAGAGCGGGCUUCAUUUUACAAAGAGAUCAUGCGAUUUGUGGGAAGAAUUGACAUGAUCCGAUUUUUUUAACAAUUGAUUUGUGUCACAUUUUGAUUGUAUAGGAUUUGGAGUUCAAUAGCCAAGUACUGAAUAUAGGAGACAGUGGAGAUUCUUUUUUUUUGUCUGAAUUGUAAAUGCUUUUCCAUUUCUUCCCAUACAGAUAUACUUAUAACAUCGCUUUGAUCCGGAAAUGUGAUUAUAUUUUAUUGUGGUGGUUCUUUUUUUAUUUGUUCUAUUCUAGUGGUUAUGUUUGAUGACAUUAUGGAAGAACCUUAAUAGUCUGAAAUUUGUUUUUGUUUGCACCAACUCAUGUUUGGGAGUAAUGUUAAUAGUUUGGUCAUUGACAUAUUUUUGUUUAUGCUAUCAUGUUGAUGUUACUAUAGUAGCUGGAUGCUCUUCUGGAUGGAUA